CUCCACUUUGCCAAACCAUUUUUAGAUUAAAAUUGUUCUCAUGCAAUCUUCACGUAUUUUCUGAUAUUUCUGUAUAGGUUUGUUGUUUGUGUCACCGGGUCCAAAUUUGUUUCUGGUGAAAGUUCUUUUCUGGGGUUUAUUUAUGUUGUCUGCUUAUAUUAAACCAAUUUUAAAAGAAUUUGAUUUUAUAUACACUGGAAGGGGAAGGGGGGAGAGAGGAUUAGUUUGUUGAGCUCUCGUUUUCUACUGUUUGAUCUUUGGUUGUUUGUUGGUUCACAUAACUCUACUUUAAGCAAUCUCUUUUAUUAGCUUCCUCCUUAAUGUGCAGUGGGGAAUAUUUGGAUUUUUUGUGGAUUUCGAGGAAGAGAAGAUUAGGGUUUGUGUUCAGGGUUGUUUUUGGAUUAUGGUUUUGUUUUAUUAUAUUAAAGCCGGUGGCGGGAUUGAGACCAAUAAGGGAGAGGGCUAUGUCAUGGGGCGAUGAGUGGUUAUUUGUUAGAAAAGAUGAAAGUGAAUUGGGUCCAUUUCAUGCAUGGAACAUAACAGGAACUUAUCGAGGAAAUUGGAAAUUUAUGGAGUCUAUGAAUAGCUCUUCCGAAUUUCCAGAUUUCAGGAAAUCGGCUGGUGAUUCAGUCAUUGAAUUAGUUAGCACACCAACCAAAAUAACUGGUGUACAUUAUGUUCAGGGUGUAAUUAUUUUCCAUGAUGUGUUUGAUAACAACCAAAAUGUUGGUGGUUCUCAAAUAAGGGUAGAGGGUUUAUAUAUAUGGCCUUUUAGACAGCUUCGAAUGGUAGCUAACAGUGGAAAGGAGGGAGAGCUCAGUCAGGAAGAAGACUAUAUUUUAUCUAACCCGUACCAUUUGCUUGGAGUUUUCUCAUCUCAAGUGUUCCAAGAUUCUCCACGUGACAAAAUGUGGAGAAGAAAAAAUUCACCAAUUUAUAAGAUGGAGAAACAUUGCGAUAUAGAAAUUGAUGCCCAAAUAUCGCGCAUCUCAUCAAGCCAAAAUGAUGGAGAUCAUGAUCGUUAUCACAUCGAAGGAUUGAUGGAGAGUCCUACAGUGGAUGAUGAUGGAGAUUGUUUCUCACCUUUACUAUUAAAUGUGACUUCUGUCAACAUUGAAGUCUAUUACAAUAAAGCAGUUAACUACACCUUAAUGGUCACCUGUGUCUCUUUCCUUCAAGUCCUUCUGUUAAUUAGACAAAUGGAACAUAGCAACACCCAAUCGGGAGCUGCGAAAAUUUCAAUUUUAACAAUUGGUCAACAAGCCAUCAUGGAUGCUUAUCUUUGCCUCUUACAUCUCACUGCUGGAAUACUGGUUGAAUCCUUAUUUAAUGCUUUUGCAACUGCGGCAUUCUUCAAGUUUGUAGUCUUCUCCAUUUUUGAGAUGAGGUACCUUCUCGCAAUAUGGAAAGCAAGUAGGCCUAUGAAUAAUGGUGAGGGUUGGGAGACAAUGAGGCGUGAGCUAUCAGUCCUAUAUAGCCGUUUCUAUGGGAUCCUUUUAGGAGGCAUUUUGUUCAUGUACGAGUUUCAUAAUUUUUUGCGGCCUAUACUUCUCCUUUUGUACUCCUUUUGGAUACCUCAAAUAAUCACCAAUGUCAUUCGUGAUUCGAGAAAACCUUUGCAUCCUCAUUACAUCUUAGGCAUGACUAUUACUCGGCUAGCAAUCCCAUUAUAUAUAUUUGGAUGCCCUCACAACUUCAUGCGAAUUGAGCCCGACAAGAGCUGGUGUAUCUGUUUGGGUGUAUUUAUUGGACUUCAAGCUUCCAUUCUUCUUCUUCAGCACUAUCUUGGAUCUCGAUGGUUUAUUCCUCGUCAGAUACUACCUGAGAAAUAUAGCUACUAUAGAAGAUUUGAUGCAGAAACAAAUCAUACCACAGACUGUGUCAUUUGUAUGACUUCCAUUGAUCUUACAAAACGUUCAAGAGAUUGCAUGGUAACGCCAUGCGAUCAUUUCUUUCAUUCUGGUUGUUUGCAACGGUGGAUGGAUAUAAAGAUGGAAUGCCCAACUUGCCGCCGUUCAUUACCAACAGCUUAAGAAAAUCUCCCACUUAAUCGUUGAGGUAAUGACUUGAUGCCAACCUUGACCUGUGAGAUGAAGUGUAUUUACUUCUACUCGAGAUGAUUUGUAUUCUUUCAAGCCUACACACAAUCUUGCAGAACUUUGAACAU